AUGGAAGAGGAAUACGUACCCUUUGCCAAGAGGCCCGAGUGGGCAGACGUGCAGCCUGAGACCAUGGAUUAUUUCAGGGCGGUGGUGAAGGCCAGCGAGGUGAGCGAUCGCGCCCUACGCCUCACGGAUGAAGUCAUCCGCCUUAACGCUGCCAACUACACCGCCUGGGCCUACCGUCGCAAGAUUCUGGUGGCGCUCGACGUAGACUUCAAGGAGGAGGUACAGUGGGUCAAUCGCAUCGCCGCUGAGAACCCCAAGAACUAUCAAAUUUGGUACCACCGCAAGGCGUUGGUGGAGCGCUCGCGCGACCCCUCGUUCGAGCUCGACUUCAUCGCCCAAAUGCUCAAGGAGGAUUCCAAGAACUACCAUGCGUGGGCGCACAGACAGUGGGUGCUGAAGGAGUUCAAUCUGUGGGAGGGUGAACUCGACUACAUCCACCAGCUUCUUAAAGAGGACUUCAGGAACAACUCAGCGUGGAACCAGAGAUACUACGUCAUCUCCAACACCAAGGGCUUCGCCUCGCCCGAAGUCAAGAAGGAGGAAAUCGACUACGCGCUGUCGUGGAUCCAGCGGGCACCCAACAACCAGAGCCCCUGGUACUACCUCUCGGGCAUAUUCAAGGGCGGCAAGUUUGCGGACCAGCCCUACGUGAAGGAAAAGGCGCUGGAGUGCCGGGAGCGCUACCCGACGUGCGCCCACGUCCUCUCCCUCCUCGUCGACAUCUGGGAAGAGGAGGCCACUCCCGAAAGCCUCGAACUUGCCGUCCAGGGGUGCGAGGAGCUGGUAUCGCACCUGGCGCAGACCUACAAGAAGUAUUGGCUCUACCGCAAGGACCUCAUCGCCUCCCGCCGCUAG